CAGAUUGGUUUUUGCUGAAGAAGAAUCAAAGCUCAUAAUUGGUGGUUUCCCAGUUUCCACCAUUCAAUUCAAUCUCAAUCAAAGAAAGAAUCUCUCUUUUUUUAGUAUUUUUUUCUAUUUGCUUUUCUUCCCCUUUAUUUGUUGUCCCUGAUUUGAACACCAUCAUUCUCCGAACCCCACUUAACACUCUUCGAAACCUCGUACCCAUCAUCAGAUUCUAGAGCUCGAUUCUUCAAUUAGAUACUGAUAUGUAGAGUGGCCAUCUCCUCCAAAGAUUCUGACAAAACAAUGGUUACACCUAUCCGAAAAUCGACCACUUCAAACUGGCAUACGAGAAGAACAAACGAAACAAUGAGGCUACUCGUAACAACUAUCGUAGGGGUUAUAUUCGGCUUCUUUUUAGGUGUAUCUUUCCCUGCUCUUUCGUUGACAAAGGUUAAUAUAUCAUCAAACAUAUUCCCUUCUAUUGAUCUUUCUUACAUCGAGGACAAGUACUCUGGUUUGUCGACUCAAGCGUUGUUAAACGUGUGGUCUUCUCUUAAAGGUCGUAGAGGCUUUUCGAGAAAGUUCAAUAAUACUAAGAUUUGGGUCCCAACGAAUCCGAGAGGUGCUGAGAGACUGCCACCUGGCGUUAUCGUAGCUGAGUCUGAUUUAUAUACUCGUAGAUUAUGGGGUCUUCCUGGUGAGGACUUAAUCGUAAAACCGAGAUAUCUUUUCACUUUUACUGUGGGAUAUGAGCAGAGAUACAACAUUGAUGCUGCAGUAAAGAAGUUGUCAGAAAACUUCACAAUAUUGUUGUUUCACUAUGACGGUCGAGCAAGUGAAUGGGAUGAAUUCGAGUGGUCAAAACGGUCUAUUCAUGUGAGCGUGCGAAAGCAAACUAAAUGGUGGUACGCGAAGCGUUUUUUGCACCCGGACAUUGUGGCGCCCUUCGAUUAUGUAUUUAUCUGGGAUGAAGACUUAGGGGUUGAGAAUUUCGACGCAGAGGAGUAUAUAAAGCUGGUGAGGAAGCACGGGUUGGAUAUUUCGCAGCCUGGUUUAUCUCUUGACAGUGGAAUGACGUGGCAAAUGACGAGGCGACAAGAGGAGAGUGAAGUUCACAAGGACACAGAGGAAAGACCGGGAUGGUGCACAGACCCACAUUUGCCACCCUGUGCAGCGUUUGUUGAGAUUAUGGCUCCGGUUUUUUCUCGAGAUGCUUGGCGAUGCGUGUGGCAUAUGAUUCAGAAUGACUUGGUCCAUGGAUGGGGGCUCGAUUUUGCACUUAGGAAAUGUGUGGAGCCUGCGCAUGAAAAAAUAGGAGUUGUCGAUUCUCAGUGGAUAGUGCACCAAACUGUUCCUUCACUUGGCAAUCAGGGUAAGGCCGAGAAAGGCAAGGCGCCAUGGGAAGGGGUAAGGGAAAGGUGUAGAAAUGAAUGGACACUGUUUCAGGAUCGCAUGACUGCAGCUGAGAAAGCCUACUUUAUCUCUAUGGGAAUCGAUCCUCCUAACUCCACUUCUCGUUAGCUGUCUCGAUUUUUUCAUGUGCUCGAAAGUUUGAUAGAAGUUUCUUUUUUUUUUAAAGAAGAAAUUUGAUAUAGUUUUGUAUGUAUCAGUUACCGAUUCUCCAUUUUCGGGUGAAUUUAUAGCGGGGGAUAAUUAUUUAGAAACCCUCAACUUAUUUUUGUUCUUACAAAUAGAUAUGAGCUAA